ACCUUCCUCCAUAGCAGUAGGUACUUAGGGAUAUAAGCAAGAGUUCAACCUCCUGUGGUUUCUCUAUCGUCACCCACAAACAACCUUCACUUCCCACACCAUCGCACGUCAUCCCCGAGCCUAUCUACCCUUUCAAGCUCUUUGCAAUCCAGCACUACUCGAUCGAAUCUUGUCGCAAAUCUUCACAACUUCAAAAUGGCCGAAAUCAUCAAUGGAACUCUUUGGAUACCAGCAUUGAAUGGCACACUCAUCCCCAAGGACGAUUGCGCACUGAACGUCUGCUCUCUCGACUAUGCGCAAAUCGAAUACGUCCCAACAUAUGGAGGUAAUUUGGCGUACCUCAUUGUUUUCGCUGUCCUCCUGGUAGCUCAAUGCGGUCUUGUCUGGAAAUACCGUACAUGGGGGUUCUGGGUCGGUAUGUUCUGUGGUCUUCUUCUCGAAGUCCUUGGGUAUGCUGGUCGCGUCACCCUCAACGGUAACCCCUUCAACUUUGACCAAUUUGUCUUGUACCUUGUAUGCCUCACCAUCGGACCGGCUUUUCUCACAGCCUCAAUCUACCUAUGCCUCGGUCGCCUCGUCAUCGUCUUUGGCGAAGGCAUCUCUCGAUUCUCUCCCAAGUUCUACACCAUCACGUUCAUGACUUGCGACUUCCUUAGUCUGUUGCUGCAAGCCGUCGGAGGAGCCUUGGCUGCCACACAAGACGAUACGAACCCUUCCGACACUGGUGUGAACAUCAUGAUAGCUGGUCUGGCCUUCCAGGUUGUCUCUUUGACAAUCUUCAUCGCUCUCAGCUUGGAGUUCGCCUGGAGAGCUCGCAAGGCCAGAGAGAGCGAUUUAAACUUUGAGUUCUUCAACCUCAGAAAGCGCACCAUGUUCCGCCUUCUGCCAUACGCCAUCGCCAUUGCCACCAUCACAAUCUACAUACGUUGCGUCUUCCGUGUCGCUGAGCUUCAGGAUGGAUUUGGCGGAGAAUUGGCCAACAAUGAAGGCAUGUUCAUGGCUUUCGAGGGUCCCAUGAUCAUCAUCGCAGUAGUCGUCUUGACAAUCUGUCAUCCCGGAAUCGCUUUCGGUAGCGCCUCGGCAUGGAAAGCUGCAAAUUGGACAUGGAAGAAGGGCAACAAGAGCGAAAGCGGCAGUAACCACAUCAGAAUGGAGAGCAGAGAAACUGCUCCGCCAUCGGUUCUGGAGAGUGAGGAUGAGUUGUCAAAGCACAGAGUCUAGAUCGAGGGGUUGGACGGGGCCGGAGAGAGAGAAUAGGGAUGAGAGUAAUGACUGUGAUGAUAGGAGGAAGAGAGAGUAGGAUGAUCUAACACAUCUCCGAGAUAGUCAAUGACAUGGCCAUCUUUAUUUUCUUUAUUUCCACACUCGUGGAAUCAUGC